UAUUGUAAGCAGCUCACUUUGCUUGCAACUUCUCUCCGAACAUGAAUCAUUGCGCUGCUUGGACUGUGCGGUGAACAUGGCGGACAGUGCUAGCGAAAGUGACACUGAUGGAGCUGGCAGCAGCUCUGCCACCCCUCAAUGUUCCACCACGUCCUCGUCCUUAAGCAAACCGGGCAUCGUUAUUUCUCCGUUUCGCCUGGAGGAGCUCACAAACAGACUCGCCUCUCUGCAGCAGGAGAACAAAGUUCUCAAAAUAGAGUUGGAAACGUUCAAGCUGAAAUGCAAAGCUCUACAGGAGGAGAAUCGAGACCUGCGGAAAGCUAGCGUGACUAUUCAAGCACGCGCGGAGCAGGAGGAGGAGUUUAUCAGCAACACGCUCUUCAAAAAGAUCCAGGCCCUGCAGAAGGAGAAGGAGACGCUUGCCGUCAACUAUGAAAAGGAGGAGGAGUUCCUCACCAAUGAGCUCUCCAGGAAACUCAUGCAGCUGCAGCAUGAGAAGGCGGAGCUGGAGCAGCACCUGGAGCAGGAGCAGGAGUUCCAGGUCAACAAGCUGAUGAAGAAGAUCAAGAAGCUGGAGAACGACACCAUCACCAAGCAGCUCACGCUCGAACAGCUACGGCGGGAGAAGAUUGACCUGGAGAAUACGUUGGAGCAGGAGCAGGAGGCUCUGGUCAACCGGCUCUGGAAGAGGAUGGACAAGCUGGAGGCAGAGAAGAGAAUCCUCCAGGAGAAGCUUGACCAGCCAGUGUCUGCUCCUCCAUCGCCGCGGGAUAUCUCCAUAGAGCUGGACUCCCCGGAGAACUUGAUGCGCCACAUCCGCUUCCUCAAGAGCGAGGUGGAGCGACUCAAGAAGAACCUGCGCACCGCAGAGCUGCAGCAGACGGAGAAGCGAGCGCAGUACAUCGAGGAGGAGCGGCACAUGAGGGAGGAAAACAUCCGACUGCAGAGGAAGCUGCAGAGAGAGGUGGAGCGCAGGGAGGCCCUCUGCAGACAGCUGUCAGAGAGCGAAAGCAGUCUGGAGAUGGACGAUGAGAGGUACUUCAACGAGAUGUCAGCACAGGGACUACGGCCCCGGACGGUCUCCAGCCCCAUCCCCUACUCCCCCUCCCCCAGCUCCAGCCGACCCAUAUCACCAGGGUUGUCGUAUGCCAGUCACACAGUGGGCUUCACUCCCCCUGCCACCCUGACGCGAGCGGGCAUGUCCUACUACAACAGCCCCGGCCUUCACAUGCAUGUGAGCACGCCACACGGCAUCACGAGGCCUUCCCCGAGGCGCAGCAACAGUCCAGACAAGUUCAAGCGGCCGACCCCUCCUCCCUCCCCAAACAUGCAGUCCAGCAUACUCGCAGCCCACCCUCCUCUGGGCCCGCCCAGCCAGUCCUCCGCCGGCCAACCAUCAACCUCGCAGCAGCCCCAGCACCCGCCUCCUCAACCGGCACGAGACGCAUGAUUUGCCGUCAUCAUCCUUCUGCGCCACCACCUCAGACUUCCCCCUCCUGCUACUCUUCCUCCACCGGAUGGGACUGCUCACACUUACACUUGCACGCGUGCGCACACACACACACACAAAUGCACACACAAACAAAACAAGCAACUGUGCAUCUAGGCCAAAGGCUGAAAACACUCUCCCACGCCAGCCCUCUUAUUCUCGCACACACACACACACACACACACACACACACACACACACACACACACACACACACACACACACACACACACACACACACACACACACACACACACACACACUACCCAAAUAAACAUUUUACCUUGUCGACUUGCACUGAGACCAUGCAGGCUUUCCUGUGCAUCCAUCUCUUGAGAGACAAGGGGGACGCAAAAAAGGGGGUGAAGUGUCGGCUGUUGACAUGCAGUAGUUCAGUUGUCAUUUUGAUGACCACGUCCACAUCCUAACCUCUGUGCUUGCAACAUUGCAGUCCCUCUUUUUUUAACCCCCCCUGGUAUGAAUGGCAUUAAGACCUCGAAGAACUUCAAAGAAGAAAAGGGAUUUUCAUUUCAUUUCUUUCUGACAGGUUUACAUCAAUGGCAUUAGCUACUAUAUAUAUAAACCUACACGACACUCAUCACCAUCAUCAUCGACAUUUAGUAUUGUGCCUGUAUGACCUCCUAGAGAAAGUACCUUCCAUGAUUUAGCUGCUAAAGAACAGAGAGAAAUGGUACUGAUGAAUUUUUCAGACUUUUGAAAGGUACGAUUUAACGCCCUCCGCUUUGGCUUUUUCUCAAAACCCCAAAGGUAUGUUCAUGUGUGUAUGCAGUGUCCAUGCAGUUUCAGUUGGUUGACUUCAGCUAGAAAAAAAUCUGUGUGAAGAGGGUGGUUGCAGUAGCUGACAGCAGAAAGUAGUGUUGGAGGCCUUUAAAGGUGUGUGUGGUUGUUUUUUCUUCCCUUUGUGCAUUAACAAUUGAAGGUAGUUGAGUUGUCUCUGCACCCCAUUUGAAUGAGUUUGACAAUGAGCUUGACAGUUGACCUGUACAGUGAAUGAGUGCAAGAGAUAGCUUCUGACCCUGUAGAGUCUGGAGCGUUAGACCCUUAUUUAGAAAGAAAUAAUAAAAACGGGGUCCCCUUGGUUUGUAGGGUUCAGCUUGUGGGGCCCCUUUACGAAUCUUCAGGAUUGAGGCUUGAUAUUUUUGUAGUGAUGCUGCUGGUGAACUACUAGACUUUUUUGUCUUUAAAUCCUCAACAUGGUUUAAAUAAGCAACAUGGCAUCAUGACAAGUUAGCCGAUUUUGAAUCGGCUGUUGCGUUUGUGCACAAUGCCUUUGCAAGUUAACACAUGGCUCCACAACGCCUUGAGACAGGUAUGGAUUAGGGAUGGUUUUGGUCUGGGCACAAUUUCGCAUUUUUUUCACAAUUUUCGCAUUUUUUUCGCAAUUUUUGCUGUUUUUGGCAAAGGUAAAGAAGCAGAAAUAUUGCUUUACUGACAGGUUAGGGUUAGGCAUGGUUUUGGGUUGGGCAGAGAAGAUCUUUUUCGCAGUUAGCAACAGAAAUUUGCUGUAGCAGCAGAAAAUAACAACACAUUGGGAAAACUGUGCAAACAUCAUCACUUGACAAAAAUGCAUAUGUGCCUUUCCACUGCGUUUGAGGAGCACGACUUAACUUGAAAAGGCGUUGCACCACAACACAGAAUGCACUAGCGUGAGCUACAUACACCUGUACAUGAUGCCAGUCUGAAAUAAGUCACAAGUAACGACAGUCAUAUCCUCAGUAGGAAAUUACGCAGGAAGCUCUGUUGGCAUGUACGAAUACUAUAUCUUUCUACAGGAAAGCACUUUCUCUGAAACCUCAUUUUUGUUAUUUGGAGUCUCGUUGGCCUGUGGUAUGAAAAUGAGCAGAAGAAUCACAGUAGGGAUAUUAUCUUAUAAGACUGUACUCUAGCUUCUCCACUGGUACCACUGUGAUGUUCAUGCAGACUUCCAUGUGACCCUUCAUAUGGCAGGAGAACCGAUCAAGAUCACUCGUGACUGUAAAUAAGAUGGAUUGUCUUUUGAAUGUUUUGUAAGUUCUAAAACAGGGGGGGGGGACUUUUCCAUGAAUGUGUUGCUAAUGUUGUCUUAAGAUUCUGUCAUGUCUAAGACGGUAGUAGACCGACAAAACUUUCAUGUCUCCCUUUAUGUCAGACUGACUCAUGAGAAGAACAACACAAAGCACUUACGUAGACAAAAAAUAUUUUCUCUCUCUCUUUCUCUCUCUCUCUCUUUCUCUCUCUCUCUCUCUCUCUCUCUCUCUCUCUCUCUCUCUCUCUCUCUUAUUUAUUGUAGUGUCUGUAAAAAAAAACUCCAUUAUAAAAUCAAACCUAAGCAAAUGCAAUAGCAAAACCCAAGCAAAGAUCUUGCAAAGUUUGAACUGGUGACAUGAGUUACAUCUGUGACAACAACAAAAAAAACACUGAAAGGAAGAUGUUUCAACAUACUGCUAAUUUUCAUUCUCCUCUUGUUUUAUUUUUGUCUGUCUUUGUUUCUAUUCCAUAUGCCCAUGGCAACACUGUGGCCUGUUCACUCAAAUACACUCAAGCGCAAGCACACAACACUUCUCUUGUGGGAUUGUUAUGGUUCACACCCCCAUGACCGUGGUGGUGUUGGUGUGUGACCAACCGCAACUAACAAUGACACAAAUGAAUUGUUUCAUUGGUAGAUGAAGGAGUGUGUGCUGUGUUGGUGCUUUAUUUUUUUUAUUUAUUUUUUUUCAUAACAGUGGCACAAGGACACUCUAUAUGCGGAUUUAUAUUUGUUUUUGUUUUUAGUUAGCGCUUUUGGGAGGGUGAGGAAUUGAUUGUCUGGUUUGGGAGUCAGUGUUAUUGUCAGAUGAUAUAUUGUAAACCUUUUUUAUACGUUUGCCUUGUAAAUAUGCUUUAUUUGAUUGUUGAAAAAAGUUUUAAAAGGAUGUGUUCAACACAUUUCAUGGUUUUACCAGAACUCACAUCAGGUUUUUUCUCUUUUUCCUCAGACUGUUUUCUUUUCCGUUUAUUUGUUAGUCUUUGUUUUGUUCUUUUCUCUCUGGUAAAAUAUGUUAAUUUCAAGACUGUUGACAAAUGAAUGUAAAGUUUUGCUUGUGUAUAGCCCUCAUUAUCGGAUGGAUCACCUUGGAGCCUUAACUCACUGUGGUAUCUUCGAAAAAAUGUAAGCAUAAUCUAGCUUAUCCCCACAUCAAAACAAUUAAACGCCUUAACAUGUGGUC